AUGACACUUGCAACGUUUCUGAAAGUUCACCCUCCGACUUUUAGGGGAUCCUCAAAUCCCACUGAUGCAGAUAAUUGGAUCCAGGCUAUGGAACGGGCAUUGCAGGCCCAACAGGUUCCUGAGGAGCAAUGGGUUGAAUUUGGAACUUAUCAGCUGCAAGGUGAGGCUCAGUAUUGGUGGCAGGGAACACAACGUAUCCUGCAGCCUAAUGGUGCUACGAUUCCUUGGGAGAUUUUCUGGACAGAAUUCUAUAAGAAAUACUUUCCUAAUUCAGCUAGAAAUGCCAAGGAACUUGAAUUAAUGCAGUUAAAACAGGGACAGAUGACUGUUGCUGAGUAUACUAGUAAGUUUGAGGAGUUGUGUCGCUUUUCUCGUAUCUGUCAAGGGGCACCAGAAGAUUUUGUCGAAUGGAAGUGUAUUAAGUGUGAGGGAGGCCUUCGAAGUGAUAUUCUGAGUUUUGUUGCCCCAAUGAAGAUCAGGGUGUUUUCUGAAUUGGUGAAUAAGAGUAGAGUGGCUGAAGAUUGUGUGAGGAAGGCAGCAGCAGAGAAAGAAAGUUUGAGAGUGCCUUUUCAGAGACCUUCAGGAAGGAACUUUGCUCCGAGAGGUAGGAAUUUCAAGCGUGGAGGCUCUGUUCCACAGCAGACUCAGGGUCAAGGUAAUUACAGAAGGCUGAAUACCAAUGUUAAUCAGGGAAGAAGGUUUGGAAAGCAGCCACAGCAGGAUCUGAAUUGUCAGAAGUGCAGAAAGUAUCAUCCUGGAGUUCCGUGCAAAUUAGGACUUGGAGUAUGCUAUUCCUGUGGACAGCCCGGGCAUAUAGCCAGUAAUUGCUCGGAGAAGAAGAAGUAUGAGACUGGUAGGGUGCAGCAGCCAGGGAGAGUAUACACCACUUCUACCAUAGGUGCUGAGGGGUCUGAGACACUGAUUAGAGGUAAUUGUGAAAUGGCUAGUAAAAUCUUAAAUGCUUUAUUUGAUUCAGGAGCACGUCAUUCAUUUAUUGCAUUUGAAAAGGCCCAUGAAUUAGGAUUGAGAAUGGUGGUUUUAGGUUAUGAUUUGAAAGUAUAUAAUGCUACUUAUGAAGCUAUGGUGACUAGGAUAGGAUGUCCAUGA